CACUGGGUUCUGAGCUAGUAGGAACAGACUUAGUGUCUAGGGGCUGGGUAACCCGAAAUUACUCAUCUAGGAGAGACCAGGGCACCUAAACAAUAUUCCACUCAGUGUCUGCAGAUCACCUGUUCAGGCUGGGGCUUCUGGGGCAGGCAAGGAUCCAAGGCCCCUGGCAGAGACGGUCCAGGGGACUGAACUCCCCGCCCCUCCGCAGAGCAGAGCAUGACCACACUCCUGCCGCUGCUGCUGGGCCUCAGCCUGGGGUGCUCCGGAGCAGGUGGCUUUGUAGCCCAUGUGGAAAGGAACUGCCUCCUGGAUGAUGAUGGGAAUCCAAAAGAUUUCACAUAUUGUGUCUCCUUCAACAAGGAUCUGUUGACCUGCUGGGAUAAAGAGGAGGACAAAAUGGUCCCUCUUGAAUUUGGAUUUCUGCAGCAUUUGGCCGGUUACAUCGCAGAUAUCCUCAACCAGGAAGAAACACUGCUCCAGCGCUUGCGCAGUGGGCUCCAGGACUGUUCCACACACACCCAGCCCUUCUGGGGCCCACUGACCCACAGAACACGGCCACCAUUGGUGCAAGUAGCCCAAACCACUCCUUUUAACACGAGGGAGUCUGUGAUGCUGGCCUGCUACGUGUGGGGCUUCUACCCAGCUGAUGUGACCAUCACGUGGAUGAAGAAUGGGCAGCUGGUCGCCCCUCACAACAGUGGCCAGAAGACUGCCCAGCCCAAUGGAGACUGGACAUACCAGACUGUCUCCUAUUUAGCCUCGACCCCCUCUUAUGGGGACACCUACUCCUGCAUUGUAGAGCACAUCGGCACUCCUGAGCCCACCAUUCAAAACUGGACAUCUGGGCUGUCCCCCAUACAGACGGUGAAGAUUUCUGUGUCUGUAGCAAUUCUGGGCCUGGGCCUCAUCAUCUUCUUUCUUGGCCUGGUCAGCUGUCGGAGAGCGGCCCCCUCCAGCUACACUUCCCUCCCAGGGUCCAAUUACCCAGAAGGACGGCACAUUUCCUAGAGGUAGAAUCUUACAACUUCCACUCCGAGUGAUGCUGCCAUGCCUCCCAACCUGUUGGAUCCUGCCCCAGAUUUCUUGGAUUCUAUGGUUUCUCCAUCUAAUUCUUUGAAUUUUAGUCUAUACUCUGUAUAGACUAGCAACUUGGAGAAACUCACUCCUGGGGAUAUCCUAUAACCAAAUUAUUGUCCAAAGCUAUAUUUUGGGUGCAUAUAAUCUGGGGGAGGGGAGUAAAGACUUCCCUAGGGCCUACUAUGCUACAGAUGGCAAAGAGUCCUUGGUGAGCAUCUGUGAGAAAUAAACUCUAGUGGAAAUACUGUC